AUGGCGCACCUCGAUCAGUACGAAGCGGACGGGAUCGCGGAGCCGCCCGAGGACUACGACCCGGAGGCGGAGCUCGAGGCGAGGCUCCGCGCGGAAGCGGAGCUCGAGGAGCGAGACGCGAGGGAAGGUCAGCGGCCGGGGAUGACCGGUGGGCGCGUCAGGCCGAGGGCGUUGGAGGCGGACGACGACGACGAUCAGUGGCGCAGGCAGCAGCGGCGACGACGCGCGGGGGAUCGCGACGAGGACGACGAGGAGUACGUCGAGAAGGACGGCGACGGCGCGCCCGUGUACAGGAUCAGGAUCCGCGAGAUGUGCGUCGCGAACGGCCAGUCGUUGGAGGUGUCGUACCUGCACUUAGCGGAGAGAGAGCCGAUCCUCGCGGUGUGGGUCGCGGACGCGCCCGCGGACAUGUUGGCGAUGUUCGACGAAGUCGCGAAACAAGAGGCGCUGAAGCUGUACCCUUCGUACGGGGACAUUCACGGCCGCAUCUUCACGCGGAUCACGGGGCUGCCGAUCAUGGAUCAGAUACGCGACAUUCGCCAGGCGCAUCUGAACUGCCUGAUCAAGAUCGAGGGCGUCGUGACGCGACGGACCGGGGUGUUUCCGCAGUUGAGGGAGGUGAUGUACGACUGCUCGAAGUGCGGGUUCGUCGUCGGGCCCAUCUAUCAAAACGGCGCCGGCGAGGAGCUCAGGCCGGGGUCGUGCCCGGACUGCCAGAGCAAAGGGCCGUGGAAGGUGAACACGGAGCGGACGGUGUACCGGAACUUUCAGCGGAUGACGCUGCAGGAGUCGCCCGGGAACGUCCCCGCGGGGCGGCUGCCGCGGAGUAAAGAGAUCAUCAUGCUCAACGACCUCAUCGACGGCGCCAAGCCGGGGGACCAGGUGGUGGUCACCGGCAUAUACGCCAACAACUACGAGCACUCGCUGAACAUGCGGAACGGGUUCCCGGUGUUCUCCACGCACGUGGAGGCGAAUCACCUGUUGAAAAAGAGCGAUCUGUAUUCGACGCACACGCUCACGGACGAGGACAAGGAAGAGAUUCGAAGGCUGUCGCGCGACCCUCGCGUGUGCCAACGCAUCGUCAAGUCCAUGGCGCCCUCGAUUCACGGGCACGACGACAUCAAGGCCGGGAUCGCGCUCGCGCUGUUCGGGGGACAGGAGAAGAUCGUCAAGGGAAAGACGCGCCUGAGAGGCGACAUCAACCUCCUGCUUCUCGGCGACCCCGGGGUCGCCAAGUCGCAGUUUUUAAAAUACGUCGAAAAGACGGCGUCCCGCGCGGUGUACACCACGGGGAAAGGCGCGUCCGCGGUCGGUUUAACCGCCGCGGUGCACAAAGACCACAUCACGAAGGAGUGGGUCCUGGAAGGCGGCGCGCUCGUCCUCGCGGACCGCGGCGUGUGCCUCAUCGACGAGUUCGACAAGAUGAACGACCAAGACCGCGUCUCCAUCCACGAGGCGAUGGAGCAGCAGUCCAUCUCCAUCUCCAAGGCGGGCAUCGUGACGUCGCUGCAAGCGCGGUGCUCCGUCAUGGCGGCCGCGAACCCGGUCGGGGGGCGGUACGACAGCUCGCGCACGUUCAGCGACAACGUCGAGCUCACGGACCCGAUCUUAUCGCGGUUCGACAUCAUGUGCGUCGUGAAGGAUAUCGUCGACCCGGUGCUGGACGAGCGACUGGCCAAGUUCAUCGUCGGGUCGCACUUCAAGUCGCAUCCGGAUCGGGACCCGGACGAGCCUCUGGGCGACGUUUUCAAAGGGUCGCUGACCGACGUUCCGGACGACUCGCCGGACGUGGAGCUCAUCCCGCAGGACUUGCUGAGGAAGUACAUCGCGUACGCGAAGCGGUUCGUGCGACCGAAGCUCAGCAGCGGCGACCUUCCGAAAAUUUCGCAGGUGUACGCGGAACUGAGGAGAGAGUCGGUCACGCGCGAGGGCAUGCCCGUCGCGGUGCGGCACGUCGAGUCCAUCAUCCGCAUGUCCGAGGCGAGGGCGUCUAUGCGGUUGUCCGAACACGUCAGCAGCGAAGACAUCGACGCCGCGAUCGCGGUGAUGCUCCAGAGCUUUAUCGGGACGCAGAAGCUCUCCGUGCAAAAGGCGCUGGGGAAGAAGUUCGCGCGGUACACGCACUUCCACCGCGACUACGAUCAGCUCCUUCUGAACAUCCUGCGCGACAUCGUCAGAGAGAUGAACUACUGGGACUCCGUCGGCGCGGGCACCGCGAACAAUACCGCGAGCGGCGGCGGCGCGAACAGCGAGUCGCAGCAGGGCGGGACCACGACGGUGCGAUGCAAGCUGUUGGAGGACAAGGCGAGGGAGUACGGCGUCGAAGACUUGACGCGGUUUUACGGCUCCCCCGCGUUCGCGUCGGCGCGGUUCACGCACGACGCGGAGCGGAACGUCAUCGUGCACUCGAUGGUGUGA